UUGAUUAGAAAAUGCUUGCUUUAAGAAAAGAAUUGUAUUCAAACGACGGGGAGACUUGGCCAAGUCUAAGCUGUUGACCCCGGUUCUGUCAUGGCUGACUGAACCUUGAUAAAACGUUGAAAAAGCUGUAUUUGCAACUGCCAUUGAUAAAUGCCCAUGUAAGCGACACAUCGCGAGCGGUGCAGUUGCGAAAUGACAAAGCUUACUUCCUGGUGCGUGCCUGCAAGUGGUAACACUACGCGUCUCAGUUAUAGCCGUCCAAGUCUAAUUAUUUACUGUUGUGGUGCAUGCCCACGAAAAGCUUUCCUACAUGUAGGGUCAUUUAAAAAUCCUUUCCGAAAAGUGCUUCAAGUUCAGUCCACCAACAAGCUACUGCAUGACGGUCAUCGCCUGUGCGUCACGAACCCCAUCAAGGCGUGUGCGUACUUUGUGUUGACGCUGGAGGGUAUUAUGUACACAGCUCUAGAAGUUUGGUGAUCACUGUUCAAGCCAAAGGACCUCGUUGAAGUUGACACCCCUCUCUGACCUAUUGCUGCACCUUUGCCGUGACAUGUUCGCAUUGCUUGUGUAUCACGAUGUAGGUCUACGGUUGUCUUGAUGAGCCACCUCCACCGAUACAGAGUAGGACGGUUGCCAUAACAAGAUGAGUAGACGAAGCGAGCUGAUGAAAAGAUAUCUUCAGCUCCAUGCUGGUUUGAUUUCUCAUCAUCAGCAAUAUGAUGGAAGCGCCACCUCGGUAGUUUGAUUUUGCAACUUUGACCGGCACGACCGAAAAUAUAAACUCACCGAGCACUGGUCCAGGAAUCUCCGGCUCGAAAGAGAAAUCCUGGACGUCCAAAGAGACACAAACGCUGCCCCUUAAUGUGCAGUUCAAGUGGACAUCGGUGAACUGUCGUCAGAGCAAUCAAUCAUGGAAAGCUGGGCUGCCGCAAUUAUCUUCAUUGCCAUUGCCGUCAUUCUGUUUGUCCUUCUGGUGGCAAGGACCAUCUAUCGUGCCAACCGCUAUCACGACUGUUGCGGGUCAUGCAGGAGAAGUGAUGGAGGGGACGACCGUCCGAAAACGCGAACGCACUCCAUUGCCACGGAGCUGCAGAUAAUAAACGAGAACCAGAAAGCUGCGGCUGAGCAAGAGACUAACGGACAGACUCUGGUCCGGAGUAAUUCACAAACAGUUGACCCUCUCAAUCCUGACAGUUUGGAACUUCCGGUCCACGGCAUCCACUAUCCCGACCCUGGGGAGGAGAUUGGAGACGAAGACCCUCCACCUGGCGGCCAUGAUACUAAUUUCUUUGUUGCCAACGCGGGUUACGACGAACCAGACAAGGGACGUCCACAAAACGGAUCACAGAGACAAGAUGUCAGAGAUCAAGACUCGAUAGAGCACACAGAACAUAGCGUCAGGAAUGACCAGCUUUCCGAAUCAGCAUUCGAGAAGAAUCGAGCUGACACGCCCAUCCAAGACACUGGAGAUAUGAAGUCGAAUGUAAGUGUUUCCGACCGAGAAACAGCGUUACCAGAAUCUCAAUCAAUCAAAAACACUGCAAUCACGGACACUGCGAUUCCUGGAUCUAAUGACGAGGAGCUUGCCACUCCUACCAAAGAGGCAGGGGAAUACCAAGACCUCAUAAAAGAAGAUGUUGCCCCGGCAAAUGAUUACCAAGCAGUAGCUCCAACUGACGUUGAUUCGGCACAUGAGUACCACUCAGCGGCUGGAAACGACGUUGAUCCGCAAAGGUACUACGAAGCACUAAUUCCAAAUGAUUCGUCAGGUGGAAAAAGUGGUCUAGAAAACCCAGUCCUAAUGGUCUGACAGUUAUAUAACCUACUAGUGCAUGCUUGAAGGCUUUCAGACGUGUUUCUUUAGAGUUCGCAUUUGAUUUCUUUUGGAUACUGUUGAUUUGCAAACCUUAUGGUUUUCAAGUGACAUAAAACAUGUUUCAUAGCCUAGUAGUCCUAAACAGUCGCAUUUCAAGACUGAAAUUUUCUUAUUUGAAGCUGGUUUUGGCUUACGCUACCCAAAGUUAGGACUUCAUAAUUGUACCGUCCAUGAUCUUUAGGCUAAGUGUAAUGAGGUAAUGGCACAUGUUAGUCUUAAUUCAAGAAGUAAAUCGGUGCCGGAAAUAAACUGAAUUCCGAAUGUUUAUUGCCACGAAUACUAUACUGAGUCCAAGUGUAAACUCCAAUACAUGUAAUAUCUAAGAAUGCAUCUGAUUCAAUGUGCAUAGAUAGUAGUCUUCUUUCCAGACUGAUAUCUACCAUAAUUAAGUUUCAGUUUAAAACAUUACUACUGUCAUUAACCACUUUUUCAUACAAGAACAGGGCCAGAAAGAUGCAGUUCAGCUAUAUCAUAAUUAUUUCAAGUCAGCUCUUAUUGGUUGGUCCGCCUUCAAGUCAAGAUUAAAAUUCUUACAACCAUGAAACAUAUAUGGCUCGAGUUGUCAGGUUGCACUAGAUGACAAAAUUCUUUCUGUUUGUAUAGUUGCAUACAAGUUACUAUACACGGAUGUCAGCGCUUUACGAUAAGCAAUAAUGUCGCAGUGUAGCGAUAUUGUUCACAGAUUAUAUGGGCAAUGGAACUGAUGUCAAAAGAUCUCUGAAAAUUUGAUGCAUGCAUCCGACUAUUUCAAUAAACAGUUACUUUUAUAUUGUCUGUAUAAGUUAAGAGUACUGUAUAGUGCCUUAUAAAGUACAUGCAAUUAAUGGAUGAGUGAUAUAACCUUUGUUCAUUAAUGCCAAUUACAUGCAUAAUCAUUUCCUUUGUUAAAUAUUGCGGCAAUCGAGAACAGUGAAGUUUUUCAGCGCUCUUUCAUUCGGAAAUCUAGAAAACUGUGCUUCUUAUGUAAACUUCCUGCGUACUCUUGUUUGACAUUUGAAAAUGAAAGAAUGUAAACACAUUUUUU